GCACCAUAAAUUCCCAAUAUAAUAACCCUCGCUCUGGAGUAUGCUCGAUAGCUCGCCGGAGAUAUGGCUAAAGACGACGGCCCGGCGGAGAUAGUGGAGCAGAAGGCGGCGGCUCCGGCUCCGCGGUCAUUCGCGUCAGUGUUCGUGCACGCAGAUGCGGCGGACGUGGCGCUGAUGGUGCUGGGCCUGGUGGGCGCCAUGGGCGACGGCAUGUCGACGCCGGUGAUGCUGGCCAUCACCAGCCGCGUCUUCGACGACGCCGGCAGCGGCGCUGAUCACCUCCAGCAGUUCAACUCCAAGAUGAACGAGAACGUGAGGAACACGCUCUUCCUGGCUGCCGCACACUGGAUCGCGGCGUUCCUAGAGGCCUAUUGCUGUACGCGGACGGCGGAGCGGCAGUCGUCGCGGAUGCGGGCACGGUACCUGAGGGCGGUGCUCCGGCAGGAUGUGGAGUACUUCGACCUCACCGUGGGCUCGACGUCGCAGGUGGUCACCGGCGUCUCCGGCGACACCCUCUUCGUGCAGGACGCGCUAAGCGAGAAGGUGCCCAACUUCGUGAUGAACGUCGCCAUGUUCGUGGCCAGCUACGCCGUCGCGCUCGCGCUGCUGUGGCGGCUCACGCUGGUGUCGCUGCUCAUCGUCCCCGGCUUCCUGUACGGCCGCGCCCAGGCCGGCCUGGCGCGCCGGAUGCGGGAGCAGUACGCGCGCCCGGGCGCCAUCGCCGAGCAGGCCAUGUCGUCGGUCCGCACCGUGUACUCGUUCGCCGUGGAGAGGGCCACCGUGGCGCGGUUCUCCGCCGCGCUGGAGGAGUCGGUGCGGCUCGGGCUCAGGCAGGGGCUCGCCAAGGGCCUCGCCGUCGGCAGCGGCGGCAUCCGCAUCGCCAUCUUCGCCUUCAACGUUUGGUACGGCAGCCGCCUCGUCAUGUACCACGGCUACAAGGGCGGCACCGUCUACAUCGUCUCCGUCAUCAUCGUCGUCGGAGGCGGAGCGUUGGGGUCGGCGUUGUCAAACAUCAAGUACCUGACGGAGGCGAGCUCGGCGGCGGAGAGGAUCAUGGAGCUGAUCAGGCGGGUGGCCAAGAUAGACUCGGAGAGUGGCGCCGGCGAGGUGCUGGAGAACGUCGCCGGCGAGGUGGAGUUCAGGAACGUGGCAUUCUGCUACCCGUCGCGACCGAAGAGCCCCGUCUUCGUGAACUUGAGCCUGCACGUGCCGGCCGGACGCUCGGUGGCGCUGGUGGGUGCCAGUGGCUCAGGGAAGUCGACGGUGAUCGCGCUGCUGGAGCGCUUCUACGACCCGUCGGCCGGGGAGGUGACCCUCGACGGCGUGGACAUCCGGAGGCUUCAGCUCAAGUGGUUGCGCGCGCAGAUGGGGCUCGUCAGCCAGGAGCCAGCGCUGUUCGCGACAUCGAUCCGGGAGAACAUAAAGUUUGGUAAAGAGGACGCCACGGAGGAGGAGGUCACGGCUGCAGCGAAGGCGGCCAACGCCCACGGCUUCAUCUCGCAGUUGCCGCGGGGCUACGACACGCAGGUGGGUGAGCGUGGUAUCCAAAUGUCUGGAGGACAGAAGCAAAGGAUUGCUAUUGCUAGAGCAAUCCUAAAGUCACCCAAGAUCCUCCUCCUUGAUGAAGCCACCAGUGCAUUGGACAGUAAUUCAGAGCGUGCUGUGCAGGAGGCGCUUGAAUCGGUCUCCGUAGACCGAACAACUAUUAUGGUUGCACAUCGUCUCUCUACAAUCCGCAAUGCUGAUAUGAUUGUUGUCAUGCAGUCUGGUGAGGUGAAGGAGUUAGGGACCCAUUAUGAGCUCAAUGCACAAGAGAAUGGCAUAUACUCAUCUCUUGUACGCCUUCAACAAACCACAGAUGUGGGCAUGACUGAGGAGGCUGGGAAAACUGGAAGUACUGAUAUUUUGCGGCAAUCAGACAGUCAAAGUAUAACCAGGAAUUUCUCUGUAGCAAGUAGGUCAAGCUCAUCACGUUUGAUAGGUGACGCAAAAUAUGAUGGUAACUUAAGGGAUCUAAAGCCUCCCGUGCCAUCAUUCGGGAGGCUACUUAUGCUUAAUGCGCCAGAGCUGAAGCAGGCAUCAGCCGGAAUCUUCAGUGCAAUUGUAUCUGGAGGUAUACAGCCUGUGUUUGCCUAUGCCAUGGGCAGUGUGACCUCGAUCUUCUUCUCGACAGAUCAUCAAGAGAUCAAGAAGGAAACACGGACCUACACACUUAUCUCUGCCGGCCUUGCAAUGCUGACAUUCCUUAUCAAAAUUUAUUAUCUUUGUCCCAUACAGUUCAUGCAGAAUUUUCUUCCGUUCAUGCAGAAUUCGACGGCCGGCGUGGCUUCUUGGGCGGCAAAGGCAAAGGGCUCUGCACCUCAUCGUCCUCGCCCCGCCGCCUCACGCCGGGCAAUCCUAUCUCCGGCACCAGGGGCGCCAGGUUCAGGUCAAACCCACACCCACCGACCGCGCCCGACCCUGCAGCGCUGGGCAGCGACGCCGACACCGACGGCCCGUGCAGGUAGUGGAACCUCUUGUGCCCGCCGAGCGCCUGCCCGGUCUCGAAGCCCCUGCGGCACACCGUGCAGACGUACCGCCCGGCGCCGCUGCUCCCGGACGCCGAUGAUGCCUGCGAGGUUGCUUCCAUCUGAUGAUGGAACAAUGGCGCCGCGCCACCACCCGCUGCCGGCUUGCGGUGGCUCGCCUUGUGGCCGCCGAGCGCCUGGUACGACGCGAACGCCUUGCCGCAGAGGGGGCACCGGAAGUGGAGCGGGAGCUCGGCCGCCGAUGAGGCCGCCGCGGACGAUGAUGGCGCCGCCACGACGUGUGGCCGACGCGGCGGCGCCGUCGCGCCGGCUUGCUGGCACGCGGCGGCGAGCGCCAUGAGGCACAGGGACAGGUACUCGUCUUGGUCCAUUUUCACGCUGGCGACCGAGCUCCUGCCGUGACGAUGAUCUGCGAGGAUGGCGAUUGCUUGCGCUGCAUCGGCACCCACGGUUACUUAUAGGCCGUCAUGGCGGCGCGCCGUGCGUGGUCGCGUCAAAGGACAAAGGAGCACGAGGGCGCGCGGAAGGGGCGAGCACGAAGCGGCAGGCUUGGAACGUGGAACCGAUCUCUGUUGGGGCGGCACACACUUGCGCGCGUGCAUUUGGACUCGUGGGGCCUGGUCUUUCAGUCGGUCCGAACUCGGCAUCAACUUGCAAUUUUUCUAAGCAAAUUUGAGCAACUUUUGUGCACAGAAAUCUCGCGAAUUCCGUGUCUUUCAGGGGUAAACAAAAUCGACUACGUUCUGCUAA